AUGUGUAGGUACGGGUUCGAUCAUGUUACAAAAAGUGUUGAAAAAGCCACUGCAAACUUCAAAGCACCCACACCCCUAGCAGUCGCAGAGUUGCCAAAUAGUACAUUGGCAAAGAGUAUUUUGAAUUAUGCGACUGAGGAAUUACCACUUCCUGUGUUGAACCAUUCACUCAGAGCCUAUCAAUACGGUGAGGCCAUUUUGAAGGAUCAGUCCACCGAAUGGGCAAUCGAUUCCGAUGUUUUAUUUUCGGCGUGUUUGCUUCAUGACAUUGGCACUACGGAAAAGAACAUGAAUGUAACCAAGAUGUCUUUUGAAUACUACGGAGGUGUUAAAGCAAGAGAACUUGUCCUCAAGAAAACGCAUGGCAACGUAGAAUUCGCAGAUGCCGUAUGUGAGGCAGUUAUUCGUCAUCAAGACCUAGGAGAGUCUGGCUUUAUAACAAAGCUAGGGCUUAUUUUACAGAUCGUGACGGUUUUAGACAAUUUGGGCAAAUAUACCCACCUUAUUCACAGAAAGACUCUUUCUGCUAUCAACAAGCGGUAUAGUAGGGAAAAUUAG